CUUCUAGGGCUGGGGUCUACAGAUUCGGUACGUGGCGGAGGAGGACGAGGGUUGGUACGAGUGCCUUAUCGCCACGCAUCCCCCGACCUCCGUCUUCGUCAAGCUCAAAGUCGUCCGAGCUCGGGCAGUCGUGGGAAAUGGAGGAGGGGAGGAGAUUCACGUGAGAGCGGGGAGCGUGCUGGAGCUGGACUGUGGGAUCGAGGGGGCAACGGAACCCCCCGAAUACAUCUUCUGGUAUCACGGGGAUCGCAUGAUCAACUUCGACCACCGACCCGGGCUUCACAUCACCAACCACCACGCGGGAGCAUCCAGCGGCAAUGCAGCACGGGAGUCAUUCGGCUGCUCCGGCCAGUUACAGGGUCGAGGUCCUCCUCUCCCUCACACUCCUCUUUCUGCAUUCCCGAUACCCGAUUCAACUUCCCACAUGAACCCUCGACGUGGAGAAACACGACCGGUGACGGCGAAAGGAGGUCGGAAGGAAUGGAAGAAGCUUUGCCCUGGCCUUUCUCUCCUUCACCUUGAGACGUCAAAGUUCGAGUCGUCCGUCUCUCUCCAUCAGAGCCUCACUCCCUUUCGGGGCAUCGAUCUGGCAUCGUACUGUCAUCGAGGCGACGGGGAGAAAUGA